UAUUGGUCAUUUUCAGGGCUUCUUCUGAAGUGUUGGUCUUUUCCACGCGUUUUGUGUGGGUUUACGAUUUAGUAUAUGUCGGGAGGGUAGUGCCAACGAACGAUUUGGUACAGUCUGUCGACGGUUAUGCUGGCUGGUGAGGAAGUGCUCUGAUACCCUAGCAUAAUGGAGUGCGCCCAUGUUCAGUCUGCUGUGCAUAUAACAGCAGUCAAUGGGAAAACAUGGACUUGUAUGGAGCAGAACUGUGGUACAACAGAGGGUGUUUGGCUAUGCACUUUUUGCGGGCAAUUCUACUGUGGACGGUACGUGAAGCAACAUAUGCUGAAGCAUCAUCUGAGGAAAGGGAAGCACUGUGUUUGCAUGGAUCCGCGAAGUCUCUCCGCAUUUUGCUACGAGUGCGACGACUUCGUGGUGAAUGAUAGCAACGACAAGAAGCUGCACAAGUUGCGCAAGUGUUUGGCGAAGCAAACAGUGAAGAUGGAAGACGUGGAAGAGUCUGGGGAAAUCCCGAAUUGGCGCAGUGUGCGCAGGAGCAAGAGACUCAGUGCAGGACUCAAAAAAGAGUUUAAGCUGAAGCUGAAAGAGCCCAGGCCUCCGGUCGUGAACGGAAAACGCAUGAAGAUGAAGGAGGAGUUGAACCACAAGCCCCCAAAAACCCAUGGAGUUGGGCUACGCAACCUUGGCAACACAUGCUUCAUGAAUGCUGUCCUGCAGUCCUUGAGUAAUAUCAAAGAAUUCCGGAGUUACUUCAAGCAACUGCCAUCGCUGGAAGAGGUCAUACUGUCUCGUAACAGUGGUCGGCGUAGGUCAAGCUCACAUGACACUAAAGAUAAGAGUACGGGUUUAGAAGACGGUCUCAUGGUGGAAGAGCUGCGGAAGAUACUGGCUGCCUUGUGGGAAGGCAACGGAAAGAACCCCAUUUCUCCCGACUCCCUCUGCAAUGUAAUUUGGAAGCUCAUUCCAAGAUUCAGAGGGUAUCAGCAGCAAGACGCGCAUGAAUUCCUCUUGUGCAUAUUGGAUCAUCUCGAUUGGGAGUUGCGGAGUCUUGGUCCGGGGAAAUUGCAAGAAGUCGCAUCUCUCCAAGGACUUCAGGGAGGAUCGCAGUGUGCAGGCUCACUGAAUGCGUCUGUGUUGUCGUGCUCCUCUGUGUCGUCCUUGUCAUCUUGUGCCAAUCCUAGUGAUCCUGUCGUAUCUCGUAGUGGGAACAGCUGGGGGGGCUAUUCCAGUUCAAGCUCGUGCUUCAAUCUCCGUUAUAGGGAUUGCUUAGUGAAGCUCUACUCUGGAACCAAGAAUCAGUCAUCAAUUGUGACCUCAAUUUUCAGUGGUACUCUUCAGAGCAAGUUGAAGUGUCUGAGCUGUCAUCACGAGUCCAAGAUACACGAAGCCUUCUUGGACCUGUCCCUCGAUAUCCCCGAUACUCUAGCGCAGAGGAAGAAUCGGUCUAAAGAAAACAAUCAAAAUACUCCUAUUUGUGAUCUAUCUGACUGCUUGCUGUUGUUCAUGCGUCGCGAGAAUCUGGAAGAUAAUGAAUGGUACAACUGCCCAGGAUGUAAAGGGAAGCAUCCGUCGACAAAAAAAUUCCUCAUCCAUUGUCUGCCGAAUGUGCUCAUACUGCAUUUGAAACGGUUCCGUUGGAGUGGUGUGGCUCAGUCCAAGAUCGAUGCUUUUGUCAAGUUCCCGUUGAAGGCGUUGGACAUGUCCGAGUACAUUAUGAAUAACGUGCCUGAGACUCGUUGCUCCAAGCUUGGCUCUAACUUAUUUGAUCUUGCUGCGGUAAUCGUGCAUCACGGACUCUGGGCUGGCACCGGGCACUACACGGCAUUCACGUUGAACGAGGGCAAUUGGUACCAUUUCAACGACUCAAACGUGCAAGUCACGGAUGAGGGAACAGUUGCAGCCAGCAAGGCUUACAUUUUGUUCUACGUUUGUCGGGAAUUCCGUGUUAUGUGAUUUGGCCCCUGAAAAGUUCUUCCCUGUCCCCCCUCAGAGGCUCUUGCACUGUUCUCGUUUACUUUCCACCAAUUGAACCGGCAUUUGGUGGAUGUGGUCUCAUGAAGUUGGUAGUUCGGAGAUCUGCUGUGAUGAAAUUGAAGUAAGUAUGGAUGACUAUUGUGUCAAGAGAGGUUUUGUUUUGGGACCCAGUGUCGUAGUGAGCAUUAUUCGGAAGAAAGCCGAAGGCUUCUUUCUGGGUUCUAUUUCAAGAUGCAGUUCUGUUCACGAAUAACUGACCUCUACUCUCAGCAUUGAGUUUUCUUAAUUUUUUUUAGCGAAUUCCUGACUUCGAUGCUGCUGUGCAUUGUUUGUGAUCAUGUGAACUCAAAAUUGUUGUGUGAGAGUGAACUGCGCAUGCAAGUCCUGGGCCUGACGGAGUGUUUUUUUUUUUGUUUUGUUUUGUGGAGGGGACUUUGCUAUGCCCCAGAUUUUGGAAUCAUUGGUUAGGUUUCUUGUGCUUGUGUUGCUGCAUUCAUUCGACGACAGGCCUUCCCCGUUUCCCUCCUGUGUCGCGAAGAGAAAAACAACUUCAUCGCGGGGAGAAACUGUGGGUUAGGGACCGAGGGGUACUUGCCUCGUUGAACUGGAAAUAAAUUUAAACGCUGUGAUUACAUAACAUGAA